UGCCGCACUGCGGGUAACUGACGGUUGUGUCAGUCGCCAGUCAAUCGAUGGUGCCGCUGCUGAGCAGAAAAACGGGCGUAAAGAUUUGUAAAUUGGCACCAACAAGAGAAUUAACUCUUCAAUUAAAUCUAAACCACCCAGAGGAAUAAACCUGUGCCAGGCCCUACGCACUGAGUGUAACUCAGGGCAGCAGCGAUGUCAGGCUCAUAUGAUGACUCCAUGAUCGAUGUCUCCAGUGACAGCUUCUGGGAGGUUGGUAACUACAAGCGAACAGUGAAACGGGUAGAUGAUGGCAACCGACUCUGUAAUGAUCUGAUGAACUGUCUUCAUGAGCGGGCACGCAUUGAAAAGUCCUACGCACAGCAGCUCACAGAGUGGGGGAAGCGCUGGCGGCAACUCAUAGAAAAAGGCCCUCAGUAUGGUACGCUGGAGCGGGCAUGGUCCGCCCUGUGCACGGAGGCGGAGAAGGUGAGCGAGCUCCACAUGGAGGUGAAAGCGGCACUGAUGGGGGAGGACUAUGAGAAGCUGAAGAACUGGCAGAGAGACGCCUACCACAAACAGAUGAUCGGCGGCUUCAAAGAGACUAGAGAGGCUGACGACGGCUUCCGCAAGGCUCAGAAACCAUGGGCAAAGAAACUCAAAGAGAUGGAAACAAUGAAGAAGUCUUACCACUCUGCCUGCAAAGAGGAGAAGCUGGCAGCCAGCAGGGAGACCAACAGCAAACUGGAGAGCAACAACAACCCUGAUGCCCAAAAGAAGCUCCAGGAAAAGGUGGAGAAGUGUCAGCAGGAGGUGCAGAAGACUAAAGAACGCUAUGAGAAAUCCCUGGAAGAACUCGACAAGUUGACCCCUCAGUAUAUGGAGAACAUGGAGCAGGUGUUUGAGCAGUGGCAGCAGUUUGAAGACAAACGCAUCCGCUUCUUCAAAGAGCUGCUGCUGGAGGUUAAACAGCACCUGGAUCUCUCCACCAAUCACAGAUUCCAGACAAUCUACCACACGCUGGAAGACACAAUCUCUGCUACUGAUGCUGAGGAGGACUUGAAAUGGUUCCGGUCCAAUCAAGGCCCCGGCAUGCCAAUGAACUGGCCCCAGUUUGAGAAUUUGGACUGGUCCCAUCCUCGCUCCUUUAAGAGAAGGUCCAUUGUAGACUGGUCCAUAGACCUGAACCGAACCCUCAGCAGACGAGAAAAGAAGAAGCCAUCGGAGGGCGUCACCCUGACAGGCAUCAGUCAAACUGGGUCAGACCAGCCUGUUCAGCCUGCCAAGACCAGCAGCAGCCUGACUGUGCCCAAUAAAACAGCACCAGUGGGCUCAAACCCAUUUGAAGAUGACGACGAUGAGGAGGAGGAGGAGGAGGAGACGGCCGUGGAGCAGCAGACCACAGUCAACCACAUCAGUGUGGAAAAAGAGGAAAUAAAAACUGCGGGUAGUAUGGAGAAGACUCCAGACUGGUCGGAUGAAGACACAGGCGGUAACCCUUUCUCCACCAACGGUGAUGGGAAUCCAUUUGAAGAUGAGCCAGCUUCUCCAGUCGUAUCUGUGCCUGUAAGAGCCCUCUAUGACUACGAAGGACAGGAGCAGGAUGAGCUCAGCUUCAAAGCAGGGGACGAGUUCACCAAAAUUGGCGAAGAAGAUGAUCAGGGUUGGUGCAAAGGCCGGCUCAAGGAUGGACAAACAGGCCUCUAUCCUGCCAACUAUGUGGAAGACAUCCAGUAAUGAAUCAUGACAAAUGAGUAAAUGUGAAGGAAGGAGAAAGGGGUGUGUUGUAAAAUGACAGUGCGGCUGGAAACUAGAAGGCUCUGCUUUAUUUUCAACCUUUUUCUCCCCGUUGGUGAGGACUGGACUGGUGUGGGAGGAAGACACAGAAGAGAAGUCGCAGAUUAUAAAAGGACCACUUGAGAUGUUGAUGCUUGCCACAGAUUGACCCUCAUAGAAAAUAAGUGCAGAGAUGGAAAUAAUCCGCGAGUUUCCAGAUGAUUCCAGGCGAGGAAGAUCACAGAGAAAUAAUUGCUGUCAUUGUAAGAUAUGUUACUUAGAAUCCCAUUUAUGCUGUUACAAAAAUAAUAGCUUUUCAAGUAUAUAUUAGAUAAGAUUCAAUGAAAUUUAUGUGUGAAUUUAUAUAUUGUUUAAAUAAAACACUGGGAUGACAGUCUGACAAAUCGCCUUGCAAUGUUACAUGCAGCCUUAAUAUGCAAGCCACUAUGGAUUCAUAUGGAUUCAUUAAGGGAGAUGACCCUCUUUUGAACUAUCUGUUUUAGGUUUGAGACCAUUUCGGCCUGUUAGAAUCCAGUCCAUAAAUGUUGUUUGAUUUUUUUUUUUUUUUUUUGGACUUAUGUUGAGAUUAUUGUGUCAGAUAUAACUUGAUUUUAAACUAGCGCUUACAUUGUUCUGUCGUUCCUUUUCAGGGUUUUGUUUUUCCAUUCAGUUCAUUAACUGUUCUGGUUAUGUUAUAAGGAAUGAUUAAGAUCAGUAGAGCCGUAUUAUAUGACAUAGUCUUCAUUUAAUUCACAGUGGGUAUGUUCCUCUUGUCACUGCAAUUGAAUGUAUAUUCACUGAUUGUAUUUUCUCACUUAUUGAUUGUUCAUUUUUUCUGAUGUUUUUUUUUUUUUGCAACCACUGACUCGUUAACCCCCUCAUCAACUGUCCCUUCACACAGAUCCCUCUGCUUUCUGUUGAUUGUAGAUGAUCAUACCAUAUGGGUUAUUUUUCAUGCAACACUGAACGUUUUUCACGAAGGUUUAUCUCACUUGAAUCUGUUUUUUUUUCCUCUCACUUGUUGAAUGUCUAGCUAUGAAGAUAUAUUACAAGUUAUAGCAAUAAAACAACAGCCGAGCAUGGCGUUGCAUACAUGCGUGUAAAUAGCCGGGAUGAAACAUAUUAGAACAAAUAAAACAUCGAGAUCAGAUGAUAUGUAGUUGGAAAUUGAUGGUUGUUAAUUUAUGAUGCCACAAGUGCUUUUAUUCUACUCUUGUUAGAAUGCUGUGACUGAGAAUCAGUUUGUAAAGUAAUUGAAUAUUUUAUGGCAAAUAUCCCUUGAAUCUGUUAUUUUGUUAUAUUUGUAAAUAUGAUUAUUUUUUCUCUUCACAGAGGGCCAUACUCAUUGACUGAAUCAACAAAUACCAUGUGAAUAAUUGUUAAUUUUCUUUUUAGGAGUUAUGAUAUGAAUCGAUACACCUGAUUUCAUGAGCUUAAUCCACGUUCUGAUCAUCAAGUAUAUUUUUGGCUGGAGUUUUUUCCCAAGAUGAUGCAGGCUUUUCACUUGUGCAAGCUCCAAAUUUAUGAAUUGCCCAAUAUAUCAAUCAAAUAAUAAUAAAAAAAUGCUAUUUGAUGCCUUCAAUUGCAGCAUGAGAGGAAGAUGAAUUUUCUUGUCUUUAAUAAUAGUAAGAAAUGAGAUGUUUGGCCAUGUUUUCAGGGCAUGCUGUUGUCAAAACGCAGCAACAGUUGUACUUGCACAGUAAGGUUUGUAAAUGUUGUCCCACAACAUAAUAAAUGAAUUUAUCUGA